ACGGUUCUACGGUUCCCUAGGCAGGUAACGGAGGGAGGAGUCGUCCCAGGAGACCCGGGGGAUCAGGAGGGACCGGUGAACCGGUGAUCCGGUCUACAGCAGGUAACGGAGGGAGGAGUCUCUGCUGAGCAGAUGGACUCUGGACCGCGGUACUCUCCUUAUGGCUGUUUAGUACUUUAGUCUGUUUCUUCAAAGACUGGACCUCAGGAACCUGGAGGACGAGCAGCCGUCAAUCACGACCUCAGCAGAAUCACACAAGUCAUAGAUGGGGCGAGCGGCCGACAUGGCGGCGGCGCGCGGCCGAGCCCGGACGGCCGUCGUGGUGCUGAUGCUGGUCCUGGCCGCUCUGUUGGGGUUGCUAUGGAAACUGUGGAGCAGCAGCAGCCGGGACCGGGUCCUGGUCCCGUCGGGCCGGUUCUGGCGGCCCUGGCCCGACAGCCGGGCCUUCUGGAACCGGGAGCAGCAGCGCCUGGACCUGCUGUACAGCCCCAUCUUCCACCCCAACGGUUCCCUAGGCAACCGUUCCCUGACGCCGCAGGACCCGUGCACCGCCGACCCGCGGGUCCCCACGCAGGUGUCCGACUACAACACGCUGCCGCGCCGCUUCCAGGACUUCCUGCUGCACAUGCGCUGCCGCUCGUCCCGCCUGCGGAUAUCGCCGCCGCGCGGCUGUGGUGGCGGUAACGGCGGCGGUAACGGCGCGCCGUUCCUGCUGCUAGCCGUCAAGUCGCUGGUGCCGCACUUCGCCCGCCGCCAGGCGAUCCGGGAGACGUGGGGCCGCGCCGGCGUGGUCGGCGGCCGCUCCGUGGUGACGCUGUUCCUGCUGGGCGACGCGUCGCCGGCCGACCACCACCCGGCCCUGCAGGGCAUGCUGGGAGAGGAGGCGCGGCUGCACGGCGACCUGCUGCAGUGGGACUACAGGGACUCCUUCUUCAACCUCACGCUGAAGGACGUGCUGUUCCUGCAGUGGUUCGGCCGGCGCUGCCGCCGCGCACGCUACGUCCUCAAGGGCGACGACGACGUGUUCGUCAACACGCCGCGCGUCCUGCAGCUACUGGGGGAACUGGACCAGGUUCACUUACUUAUUUAUUUUAUUCCUGCAGCUGCUGGCCGGCCUGGACCAGGUCCAGACCCAGGACCUGUUCCUGGGCGACGUGAUCAGCGCCGCGGCGCCGCACCGCGACCCCCAGCUCAAGUACUUCGUCCCGGAGAGCGUGUUCGAGGGCUCGUACCCGCCGUACGCCGGCGGCGGCGGCUACCUGCUGUCGGGGGAGCUAGCGCUGCGGCUGCUGGCGGCGUCGCGGCGCGUGGCGCUCUACCCCAUCGACGACGUGUACACGGGCAUGUGCCUGCAGAAGCUGGGCGUGGCGCCGCAGCGCGGCGACGGCUUCCGGACCUUCGGCCUGGACGCGGCGCUGCGGGGAAACCCCUGCGUCUACCGGAGCCUCGUGUUGGUGCACGGCUGCUCGCCGCAGGAGCUCAUGGAGCUCUGGCCCUGGGUGGAGCAGCCGGCCCGGGACUGCCAGUAGCCGGCCCGGGACUGCCAGUAGCCGGCCCGGGACUGCCAGUAGCCGCACCGGGACUGCCAGUAGCCGGGCCGGGACUGCCAGUAGCCACACCGGGACUGCCAGUGGCCACACCGGGACUGCCAGUAGCCACACCGGGACUGCCAGUAGCCGCACCGGGACUGCCAGUAGCCGGGCCGGGACUGCCAGUAGCCGCACCGGGACUGCCAGUAGCCGCACCGGGACUGCCAGUAGCCAGAUCUAGGGGGUGGCUACUUGGGCUCAAGCCCCAAAUGUUUUUCCAAAAGCCCUGGAUCUGAAAAAACAAAACAAACAAUUCCAUUGGGGCGCAGGCAGGCGCGGCGCAAACACCACGGCAGGUGCUGUCUUGCGCGCCACCAAACUCGGUGGCGAAACGGUCGCUCUGGGCGCAAAGCGCAGACCGAGCCGCUGUUCUGUCGAGUUCUGCUGAAAAAAAAGCUACCGCCGCAGAAAGCAAUAGCGUCUAUCUGUCGAUUUUUGCUACCCUACCAAAAAAAGCUACCUACAUUUUUCUGUUUUUGUAAAUACCCGGCUACGUGGAAACUGUCAGAUUAAUCAAAGAUUUGAACAAGUUUGUCAUUGUGAAACUACCAGAAUCAGAAUUUAGGCCUAUUAAAGGUCAGCUUAUUAAGCUGACUGCUAGGUUUUUCACAUCCUUAUCACUGUUAACAGAAGUCACAGGACAGGCCACUCCCUGAGGGUAUUUAGGGGGGAUGUCUGCUCUGUUAACAGUUGACCAGUGUCUUUAGACACAUCUGUGCAAAACCUCACAGAGUUCUCGUUUGUCCAGAAGGGGCUCAUUUAUUGACCCUUCGUGUUUCUUAAAGACUUUAAGCUGACUGCUGGUUAUCACAUGUUAACAGAUGACAGGGCAGCCCUUCCUGAGUUUGGGCUGUCCAACAACUAUCCCAUUGUAAGUUGGACAAUCUGUUCAUAUCACAAAUAAGUUGCUUAUUAACUGAAAAGUCAUAGGUGUGACUUUUCAACCAUCAUCUGAUACAAUGUCUGUGUUCUCCAUCUGAUUCUUCUAAUUGUUCGUUGUUUACCAAAUAUGGUCAUGUUCCUGUCACCCUUGCUGAAUAAAAGCGCCAAGCUGCAGCGAGAAUUUGAGAGAAGGCCUGACGAGUUCUAAGAGGAGGGCCGUGUUGCCCUGAAGCUCCUCAGACUUCUCCCCAAAGCUUCUGCAGAGGCGCCUUGAAAAUCAUUCCACAGUCUCUGUGUCUUUCCUAAGUUAUUAAUUUAUGUAUGAUGAUUUAGGAACCUAACAAAACGUUUGCCUGAAUCGAUG